CGCGCGCCUGGAAAGCGCUGCGCUGGGCGGGGCGUUUGAGCACCCGGCGCGCGCAGCCUCCGACCCUGAUUUUUCCGAGCACCGGAAGAAGGCGGUCCUCUUUCCGUUCCUAGCGCAGCCAUGGCCCGCGGUCCCAAGAAACAUCUGAAGCGCGUGGCAGCUCCAAAGCAUUGGAUGCUGGAUAAAUUGACCGGUGUGUUUGCUCCUCGUCCAUCCACUGGUCCCCACAAGCUGAGAGAGUGUCUACCACUCAUCAUUUUCCUAAGAAACAGGCUUAAGUAUGCCCUGACAGGAGAUGAAGUGAAGAAGAUCUGCAUGCAGCGGUUCAUUAAAAUUGAUGGCAAGGUCCGAACUGAUAUAACCUACCCUGCUGGGUUUAUGGAUGUCAUCAGCAUUGACAAGACUGGGGAGAAUUUCCGUCUGGUUUAUGACACCAAGGGUCGCUUUGCUGUUCAUCGUAUCACACCUGAGGAGGCCAAGUACAAGUUGUGCAAAGUGAGAAAAAUCUUCGUGGGCACAAAAGGAAUCCCUCAUCUGGUGACCCAUGAUGCUCGUACCAUCCGCUAUCCUGAUCCACUCAUCAAAGUGAAUGAUACCAUUCAGAUUGAUUUGGAGACUGGCAAGAUAACUGAUUUCAUCAAGUUUGACACUGGUAACCUGUGUAUGGUGACUGGAGGUGCUAACCUGGGAAGAAUUGGUGUAAUCACCAACAGAGAAAGACAUCCUGGGUCUUUUGAUGUGGUUCACGUGAAAGAUGCCAAUGGCAACAGCUUUGCCACUCGGCUCUCCAACAUUUUUGUUAUUGGCAAAGGCAACAAACCAUGGAUUUCUCUUCCCCGAGGGAAAGGUAUCCGCCUCACCAUUGCUGAAGAGAGGGAUAAGAGACUGGCAGCCAAACAGAGCAGUGGCUGAAAUGGUCUCUAGGUGACAUGUUAAAAGGGUGUUUGUACUUAAUAAAAGAUUAAGUGAUUCAUUG